GCGAUCGCUCGAGGAUGCUCGCCCGACAGAUAGCCAGACAACAGGCUGUCAAGGCCAGAAAACACGUUGUUCCUACUGCGAGAACGCCGCCACAUCUAACUGUAGCGGCCUCGCGUCGGUGCUACGCAACGAACCCCGCCUCGUCGUGGCUGCAGUCCAACUCGCGCAUCUCGACGGUCUUUGGCAUCCUCAUGGGCGUCGGUAUCGCGUCGACCGCAUAUGGGCUGUACCAGUUCUACACCACGUUCACGACGUGGCCGCCAGAAGUGCGCGGGGACCUCCGAGCAGGCAUCAAGGCGAAGAACCAAGGUGACUUAGAGCUGAGCGAAAGGUACAUUCGUCGAGCAUGGAAGACGGCGCAAACCCUUCCUAUCUCCGCGUUCACCUCCGAGCCAUACCUCAAACUCUCUGGGAUAGCGGUUGCCCUCGCUGAAGUCCUGGAGGCGUCCAAUCGCCCAUUCGACGCUUACGAGACGUACUCCAUCGCCUUGGCGCAGCUCCGGGCGGCGCAAGCGACGAAGAAGCUGUCCGGGCGGGAGCGCAUGCGUGCCGUUGCACUCGCACACAAGCUAGGCGAGGUGGCAGAGGUGUACCAGCGAGGUCCAGAGGAGACAGAGGAAUUCUUGACGUUCGCCGUGGAGGAGGUCUUGCGGGUCAUCAAGGACGGAGAAGCGGGCAUCGAAGUGGAGGGAAAGGGGAAGGAGCGGGCUGAGGAGGACGAAGUGGGUGCGAUGCUAGCGGAGCUGGAGUUGCCGUGGUGGGUGCGGAAGGUGGACGUCGCGGCGCCGCUGGAGGCGUUGGGCCGGUUCUAUGCGCGGGAGGGCAAGCCCGACUAUGCUACCACGCUCUACCUCCAAGCGAUUGGGAUGCUCAUGAAGCCACCGAAUGGGAAGGCAGGCGCGUCGACGUCUGUCGAGGACCGGUGUCGGGCUGCCCAGAUCAUGAACAAUCUCUCCGACCUCAUGUCGCAAGCCAACUUGAAGGGUGCCGAAUCAUGGGCACGCCAGGCGCACAGUGUCAUUCAGAAGACCCGCGAGUUGCCGGGAUCUGCGAAAGAUCCUGAGGCUAUGGCACUCUGCGAGCAGACGCUUGCUGCGGCCAUGUUCAAUCUGGGGGCGUUGCUGGAGAUGGGUGGCAAGAUCGAUGACGCGCGGAAGUCCUACCAAGAGAGUCUCGAACAAGCGAGAAGUAUUGGGAUGCGUGCAGGCGCUAUGGAGGCUCGUGGUGCGCUGCGGAGGCUAGAGCGCGCCGCUGGUGUACAGGCUGGAGAUCCCUUGUCAAGCACAGCUGUUGGGGGAGGCACGAAGACUGCUUAGUGUCUUCGCAACUAUGGAGCCCGCGUACGUGCGCUUCUGUAUCUCACACCGUCGGCAUUUGCCGAGCCUUCCGAAGCCGCUCGCGGUAGCCAGCGGCCAGAGAGCUACCGCGGGAUGCAGUCUACUCGUCCGCCAACCACCGCACUUCUACCGAGACCGCAUCCGUGUCAGCGUAGCAGGUCCAUGUAUACGCGUCACUCUCAUAUUCACGACUCACAUCGUUUUUUGACCAACGACUAGUAUGCCAG